CCGCCCGCGCGCGUGUGUGGAGGUCUUUAUAAUAAAACUAGUCUUCAGCGUGUCAGCUUCUUUAAAGCAGCUUUUGAACCCAGACGCACAAGCAGCCCGGUGGUGUUUAAUUUCACUGCUCCAGCAUGACCUCAGACAUUACCACAGACUUGGAGCUGGAGCUGGGCGAGUUUCUGCAGGAGUUCCAGGACGUGGUGGAGGAACUGAAGGCCCCCUCUAAAAGCAGACCUCACGCUUACCAGCACGUCCUGCAGGAGGCCAAAGGUCGCACACGGUUGGGGGACGACAGCGGGGUCGAGGACUCGGAUUACAGCAGCGAAGCUUCUUUGGGAAACAGUUUGAACACCAGCGAGGAGGAGCUCCACACAGCAGGCAUAACGCUGGCACCGAAAGCCAAGCUGGGAGACACAAGGGAACUGGAGAGUUUUAUCGACAUGUUGGACCGGGAACUUGCAGAGAUGUGAACAGAGAGUGAGAAAGCGAGCCACAUAGAGGGGGGGAGAAACAGGCCGGGGGCGACGUGGCUGGCUACUGCCGAGCAGACAGGCAGAUCUACGCCAGGGCAGAUCUGACAGAGCAAGCGCUCCCCUGGCUGCUCCAGGGGAAAAGGUUAACAUCAGAAAUUAAAAGGGCACUCCAUUCCAAAAUGCAAGAACACCCUCAGACCCCUGGCGACGCCGCGUCCAGCCAGCAAAGACGACGUCCCCCCCGCAGCAUCAGAUCCGAGAUGUGUGACAUAUUCACGAAACUUGACAAAUCUCCCAUCUGCCCGGGUGUACGAGAAAACGCCACUCAGAGUAUAGAAAGCGAAUCUGUGCCAUGUUUAAAAUUCCCAUAAGUGCUAUGCCAGUAAAGCCUUAAAGCUGCAGUGGGUAGAAAUGGAGCGAAUAUGAUUUAAAAAAGUUAUUUUCAUAAAACGGUCACUAUAUCCUGACAUCACUGCAUGAGACAGGUAAUCUGAAAAAAAAGCAUGUGCCUCUG